AGAGAGCAGAGUUUUGUGAUUAGUACACUCUAUCCAUCGGCAAGGAUUUCCGAAAACACUAACAUUCGAAUAAAACAUAGAAGUAAACAUAUCAUACGUACGCAAAGAUGGAUCUUAAAUUACGUUUGUUACUUGUGUUUGUUGUUGUCAGCAUGUUAACUCACGAGAUCACAGCAGAUCGACCAGAACUUUGCCUAUUGCCUGUGGAAACGGGUGAUUGCAGAGCAUAUAUAACGAGAUACGCAUACAAUUCAGCUACUGGACAAUGUGAACGAUUCAUAUAUACUGGUUGUGGCUCAAAUGCAAACAAUUUUAAGAGUAUGUCCGUGUGUGAGGAGACUUGUGUACAUGUAUAAUGACAGCUAAAAGUGCCAAACAAAACAUUCUUUGAGGGUUUAAGGCGUAUAUUAUACAUUUUAUUUUUAUGCUAAUAUAGAAGUUUCAAUAAAUUUUACAUAACAAUUAUAAUUAAAUAUAUGUGAAUACAUACGAGAAAACAGACGUAAUGUGUCACAUUUUUCUAGUUUUCCUCUUUUUCUUUACUCUUCUUAUAAUAUAAAAAAUAUGAGGUAUAAAAAAUAUAAUUAUUUAAGAAAUAUUGAUAAAGAGAUUUUGCUGUAUAUAAUUGAACAUAGCUUUGUGUUUCUUUUAUGUA